UCCAUCCAGAAAUCUAGGGUGCCUUCCUUGCCUCUAGUCAAGGUUCUAGUCAAGUAAGAUGCGGCGCUCAGAGCUCUAAACCGCUCAUUUUCGGCACGCAGAGCUCUGAAUAGCUGUGAAAGUCGGCCACUUGGCUAGACUAGAAGUCUGACUAGAGGCUAGGAAUUUACCCUUAGAAGUCGCAGGUACCUCGUCGGCCGCAGUAGGUCGGCUCCGCGUGCGCCAUGCUCCACUUGCCGCUAUCGCCCGGCCCCUCUCCGGCGGCAGCGGCUGCCCUACACGCCCGCAGGCUCCCUCUACUCCCGCGGCCCCCCCCCCGCUCGCCUGCCUUUGCUUCAAUCCGCGCCCUCCGCCCGCCCUCACCCCUCCGCGCGACGUCACGCCAUGCGCCAGUGCCUCCACACGCGUGUCCGCCCGCCCUCUUGCAUUCCGCGUGCCAGCAACGAGCCUUCCAGCCCAUCUCCCAUGGGGCGGACCACAGGCUUCGGUGCGCUGCUGUAGUGGCAGCCGGAGCAGGAGGCCAGCAGUUCAGUGUGUCGGAUGGCGAGCUGAUGGCGCGCGGCAUCUCCGUGCAUUGGGACACGGCGCAGCUCGACUACGCCAAGCUCGACGACCUUUUCUACCGCGCUGGCUUCCCGCGCCGCGGCCCCAAGAAGCUGCAGAGGGCCAUGGGCCACUCCACCCUCGUGCUCUGGUUCUCUGCCCCAGAAGCGUCUCCUUCAGACACGCGCCCCUUCUUCUCCUCUUCCCCCUCCCCCUCCUCCCCCGCGCCCGGGGGGCCCGAGGCGGGGGUGGAGCCGGUGGCGUUUGCGCGCACGGCGGGGGACGGCGUGUUCAACGAGGUGGUGUGGGACGUGGCGGUGGACCCGCGGCUGCAGGGCAGCGGGCUGGGCAGGGCGCUCAUGGAACGGCUGGUGGACGCCCUGCUGCGCUCGGGAGUGCGCAACGUGGGGCUCUUUGCGGAGCAGCGCGUUGUCACCUUCUACCGCCCGCUGGGGUUCGCCAUGGACCCAGAUGGCAUCACAUGCAUGGCCCACAGGUCGCAGGAGAAAAGGGGCAAGCUAUGAUAAUCAGGAGGGAGGGAGGGGGAGUUGUUUGCAACCCUGUAUGAGUAGGAGGGAGGAUAGUAUAGAAGGUUGCAUGAAUUAUUGUGUUUUGGGUGAGAAUUGAUGGAGGAUAUCAGUGAAUGGGGGAGGUUAGUAAAGGGGAGUACCAGUAGCUGCCACAUGCCGUAUUCCCCCAAAUAUACGCCAUGCUGUCAAACAUGUGUAUUUGUCAUGUUUGUAUAGACUGUAUAGAGUCACCUCUUAGAGGAUACAAAACUUAGAUAUAUUUGUGUGUACUCUCACUUUACC